CCCUCGCGCACGGCUAACACACAAGACAGGAACUAAACGCAGUCCUCCAAACCGUCCCCGCGGUGAACACUACAGUGUGUAUAAUACCUGGAACAGAGCACAAGGACACACGACUGCGCGGCGACGACGCGAUCUGGGCGUUCGUUAAGGGCCAGGAUGCGGAGCUGCGGAGUGCGAUCGAUGGAAUCGUGAAGGGUGGUGUUGUGAAGGUGGAUAACGCAGUGGGAACGGAUUGAGUCCAUUGGGCACAAAUCGGUGGGGGCGUGGGGGCGGGGGAUGGCGUUCCGGCUGGUACUUUGCUUUUUCUUUUCUUCUUUUCUUCUCUUUAGAUGCGUGGAGUUGGGGGGUGCAGUUACCUACUUAGAGCGCUACAAGUUCGUAAUGUGUAUGUUUGUAAUAUGUUCGCAGAACUGUGGCAGGUGCACGCUGCAUCGAGAUUUUGCGGUUGCGGUCACUCAAGACUCAUAUUUUCUGCGCACCGUGAGGUCUGCCGCUAUGCGCACACAACCCGAGUGACUGGGCGGAGGGCGUAGUGGCCCAUCAGGCCGAAGCGAGUCGGCCGUGCACUCGUCCACGCAUUACCCAUUAUCCCCGCCGCGCAUCGAAGCGGCACAGGCACAGGGCACACGCACAGGCUUCACCUCUGCAAGCGCAAUCGCGCAAUCGCGUGGAACCCAAGGUAUCUGCCGUAACGUCGUUCUACUUCGAGUUAGGAAUUACUCGAGCGGCUAUGGCGACUGUGCUUUGGGCGCCGGGUGCUGGGCGCUGGGUCCACUGUAUGCAUACUUGACGCGGUGGUGGCUGCAAGGCUCAAUGGUAAACUGGAAGUUUUAGUCAGCGGGCAGUGGGCACGGCGGUAAACUACGUGGAGGCGGGCAUGGUAUCGGGCGGUAGCGGGCGGCGGCGACGGGGGCGACGGGG